AUGGCGGCCAUCCCCUCCAGCGGCUCACUCAUGGCCACCCACUACCACCGGCGCUGCCUGGGUUCCACUUCCAGAAGCAGCUCCUGCCGUAGUACCGAGUGCCCCGCAGAAGCCAUUCCCCACCACCCAGCUUCUUUUUUGGAAAGUCCACCCUCCCGUUCAUGGCCAUGGUGCUGGAGUCUGCAGAGCACCCGGAACCCCCCCCCACCAGGCCUCCCGCAGCGCGACCACCUGUGGCCUGGCUCAGAACACCCUGAGGAAGCAGCCCAGUGGUCAGCACAGCACAGCCAGCUCUGGGCCGCCGUCCUGACCUGAGCGAUGACCA